AGCAGAAAAGGAACAAGCAAAAGCAGCAACUCGAGGAUGGAGCGCCGAGUAAAAGUAGCAGCGGCAGCAGCUCGACUGCAGAAUCUCUGCUCGCUGGCUUCCCUGCUCCUUUUCUUCCUCCUUCUUACGACCGAUGUCGCUGCCUCGGUGGAGGUGCACUUCGAGAGCAAAGACGGCGGUUUCUUCCUGAAGCACAGUCCGCGCCAGUAUUACCCGAGCAAUGUGCGACCCGACCUCAGCCUGUCGUCGAUCUUCUCGACGACCUCGGCGUCCACGUCGGCUUCCGGAUCCUCGUCGUCGUCGUCGAACGGACAGCAGCAGGCCGCGAGCUCGGUACUGUCGGUCGACAAGUUCACGGUGUUCCAGACGAGCGAGCCGGUCUCGGUGCGGGCCACCUACGGGCCCUUCAGCACCAAGCAGACCGUCCCAGCCAGGUACAUAGUGCCCGACCCGCUCGACGCACUGCCGGCCCAGAAUUUCGACGGCAAGAAGGCCGUGAGCAGCAGCAACGCCACCCUCCGAGACGUCCAGGAGAUCGGAGCUCGGCAUCUCGACAUGUCGGCCCACGUGGUGAGUUCGAGCAUACCCCGGGACUCUCCGGUGCUGCGAGUGCUGUUCCACGCCGGCAGCGAGGCGACGGGCCGACGACAGCUGCUGCUCGGCCGCCAACAGCGGGUCUGCGUCCUGCUGCACGCCACGCCGAGCAUAGUCCCGAGGGCCGCCGCCGAGGCGGGCUCGGACUUUGUCAGCGGGCCGCUGACCGCCGCCUGCACCCCGGACGGCCAGGACGGCGUGUGCCUGGCUCAGAUAACGAUACCGGCCAGCUGGUGGCCGCCUCUGCCGCCGCCCGACUCCGCGGGACGCGUCAAGCUCGUCAAGACGCUGCCACGCACGGUUCAGUUGUCGUACUCCGUGCUGGAGCCACGAGGCCCCGAGGACAGUGGCUCGUCGUCGUCGUCGUCACAGGGAUCGUCUCACCACACGCUGGACAGCGGAAGCGGCUCGUCGGCGGCCUCCUCGUUCUGCCAGCCGCGAGUCCAGAUCCAGCCCAUCACGCCGCUGGGCCAGGUGACCCUCGUGCCCAAUCGGGCCACUUACAAGGAGCUCAAGACGGACGAGUACCUGACGCUGCUCGUGCCCCACGGGCCGCUCUAUCCGAGGUCGAGGCUCCACAUACCCGUCUUCCUGCAGUCGCACUCGUCCAAGCAGGCCACGCAGGGUAGGCCGCCCGUCGCCGCGGUCGUCUUGAGAGCCAGAGUCAAGGCCGGAGUGAAGAUUUUGGACGCCUCCACGAGCAGUCCCGACUGGAUCGUCGAGACCGACAUCAACACAAAGAAUACCGCUGCCACUUUCACGGCGAGGCGCAAAGAAAACAUCUCCCGGCUGCCGAACGCCUCGGCCGAGGAAAUAAUGACGAUGCUGCUGGAGGCCAGCGAGGAGAGCGCCGAGAGCAAGGAACACGGCGGCGGCGGCCGUAUCGUCUGGAGCGUACGCUACGCUCUCGAAGGCGAGGAAGACAAUGUCUCGCUAUCGGGGCCGUUCCAGCUUACUCAGCCGCACCAGCAACAACAGAUGCAGCAACAGCAGCAGCAGCAGUACCAACAACAGCAGCCGCUGCAGCAUCAUCACCAUCACAAUGGACCGAGUGACCGAAAGAAGCUCCAAGCUCAUCUGGAAAUUCAAAAGGACGAUAUUCAGGCUGUUUUGCCGAUCUCCAAGAAUUGGGAGGUCAUCAAUACGGCGGUACUGACUGGCAGGCAGAUAUCGCAGGCAAUGAAAGUGUUUAUCGUCAGUCAAGCUGGCACCGUGGCUGACGUCACGCUCCAAUCAUCUUGUCAUUCCGAGGAUGAGAGCGUACUUAAGGUCUCAUCUUCGUGCAGCAGCGUGUACGUCGACGGCUCGGAAAUCCGUGGCUCGAGCAAUGCCUCGGUGCUCGUUAAAUACGGCACUUACACGGGUCUGGCUCGCUUCACAGUCUGGAUGCCCGAAUUUCCGUUGGAAGUGUCGGUGGUCGACACGCGUCUCAAUCAGAUCAAGGGCUGGAAAGUUCCCGAGGACAAUGUCUUGGCCAAGAACAAGCGCAGCAGCUUGUCCUCCGAUCUUAAUUCCAUCGUGUCCCGAGCGGACGCCAAGAAGCCCAGCAAGAUUAAGAAGCGCAGCGCCGCUCUGGCCGAGCAACCGCAAGUGGCCACCGGCGGCGACAAAGACGACGAGGCCGAUUACGAGGACGAAGACGAGGAAGAGGAGGAGGACGACGAGGACGAGGAGGGCGAGGACGAGGUGGACGAGCCCGAGGCCAUGGGCGCAGGAAGCGGCAAGAUGCGCUUCCGCAGCGCCGACAAGUGGGACGAGAUCAAUGCCAUCGAUAGAUCCUCGGCCAGCAGCAGCUGUCGGCUGCGUUUCCAGCAGAGCCCCGUCGAGGUGCACGCCCGAUUCCUCGCAGCCGACCACGACUCCGGUAGAGUCUCGUACUUCGUGAAUCGUCGCACUUGGCUGCGCGUCACCGACCUCGUCGCGGGACUCCUGCGAGUCUCCGACCCACGAAUCGCCACCUUGCUCCAGGGCCGCAUCGUCCAGGGACGCGGAAUCGGACGCACGGAGGUGCAGGUUCUAUCGCCGAUCACCGGCCGCGUCAUCGGCGCCCGGGAGGUCCGAGUCGGCAACGAUCGCGUGGCCAUAACUCAGCUCUCGGUGAAAGUCGUCUCGGGGCUGCAGCUCAGCAUCACUCCGGACUCGGCCAUCGAGAACGGCUACGUCGCCGAGACAUCCGUCACGAGGAAGUUGACGGCGCAGUACCAGGAGGGCCUGUUGGAUAUCGAUAUCGAAUUCUCCGACGGCGCGAGGACGCCCCUGAGGGAGAUUGCGGUGUCGAAUUAUCAACUGGUCGUUGAGAGUCUCGAUCCAGACGUGGUGGCGUUCGCGCCCAUGGCAGCUUCGCAUCAUCCGCGCGUGAUAGCCGUCGGCGAGGGACGCGGCGAAUUGCUGCGAGUGAGUCUUCAGCUGGCCGACGCAUGUCGAACGUCCGGUCGUCGCGGCAAGUCGUCGAGUUCGCCGCAAGCCCGAGCCUCCACUGCAUCUUCAUCGUCGUCCUCGUCGUCGUCGUCGUCGGCGGCGUCGUCAUCCUCGGCGUCUUCCAACGUGGCAACGCCCCUUGCGUCGGCGACCGCCAACGUCGAAGUGGACUUUGCAUCGAGUGACUUGCCCAGCCGGCCCGAGUUCGUUCAGAACGACGGGGGUGGCAAUUUGGGUUUGAGCGCUCAUCAUCGCGAGAGAAAAGCCGGAAACAGAGAAAUGGCUCCGGAUCUUCAGGACAUACUCAUUGGCAUGGGAGGCGUGGGUAUUCGUCCCAACACCGACCACCACAUGACCCCGCUGGAAAUAGGCAUGUACGUGCUCUUGGCCGCCUUCUGCUUCGCCAUCGUCGUUUUUGUGGGAGCCUGCGUGGUCUACGCGAGCAAGCUCAAGCCCGUGUCGCCGACGAAUUCCGACUCAGCGGCUCUGCCGGUGCUCGAGGCCGCCCGCGCCGCCGCCAGCCAGUUCGCCAGCAAUCACAAUCUGCGACCCAACAGGCAGCCCCGCGAGUCCACGACCAAUGCCCACGACUGGGUAUGGCUCGGCAGGGCGACGCUCGAACGUGCCGCGUGUGCUCCCCAGCAGGUAAGAGUAACGAGCAAUCCGCUUGCUGCCGAACCCGAAGAAGAAGCUUUGAAUAGCUUCGAUAAUCCGCAUCACGUCGAAUUGCCACCGGCUCGUUCGAGUAGCUCGGCCUCGGCUCCUAUCGACUCCACGACUUAUUGCAAACGAGACCGCCAACAUCGUGGCUUAUCUUCCAAAUCGUCCGCAAGAAGCACGAGCCAUCUUCGCGACAACGGAAAUAACGAAACUGCAGCGCCACCCUUGCCACCCCACAAAAUAUCAUCGGCCAUGUCGGACAACGGCAACGAAGAUUACAAGCCACCGGUACCUCCCCAUCGAGGUAGCCGUCUCAUGCCGGAGACGCCCAAACGUCAUCGUCACCAUCAUCAUCAACGCGCGGCGAGUAGUAGUAGCAAUAAUGCUGCAGCUGCAACAGCUGCUCCGGCGUCGAACCCCAGCAAUGGCUCGGAUCAUCAUAUGCCGAGGUCGCGUCACGAAUCCUCCAAGCAUCAUCAUCAUCGCUCGAAAUCGGGCAGAUCACGAAGUAGCAGCAACAGUGCAGCAGUGUCCAACGACGUGAUCAACGACAAAGAUAAAAAUUCCAACGCUGAUGAGAUUUUUGUAGAAGUCCGUGGCAAAUCGGGGCGCAGCAGGGACGUCGAAAUCCGUCAUAAAAGAGGUCGUUCGCGCGAAUCGAAAAGAGCCACUGUUGUAGGAAAUCCGAUGUUCGUUUCAUCAGAUUCAUCGAAUAAUUCGUCGUCGGGAAAUACGUCGCAAAACGAUAAUAACCAACAACAGCAGCAACCACAGCAAGAGACAUCGGCAUCAUCGAUUACAGCCCCUACUACUGGUGGCUCGACGUUGGACGAACUAAAUCUAGACAUGGACUACAAUCAAAUCAUGCAGUAUUUUGACAAUUUAAAAGAAUCGAACGCCUAGGGCAGGCCUAAAUGCGUAGCUAUCACGGAGCUUAACGAAGGUCGUUACGAUAAUAAUGACCAUGACAAUGAUUAUGCUCGUCAGCUAGCGCAAUAAGAAUCGUUUUUACAUAACGCACAUAAAAUCGGACUUUUCGGCUUAAAUCGAUAGAGAAUUUGUUUAAAAAAAAACUGAUGAAUUGUAGUUUGGCACUUUGAGAACCAGUUCGAACACAAUGGUUAUUCGACCCCAUUUAUUGAAGAAAAUAAAAAAAAAAUUAAACAACAGAAACGAUGAGCAAUAAGUAUGAGGGUAUGUAAAAAAGGGUUAGUAGGUAUAGAGUAAAAUCAGAAUGAGUCGAAGGGUGGUUUUUAAUUGUAGUUUGAAAGAUUAGAUGCGUAAAGCAUUUAUUUCUUUCCAAGAAUAUCAUUUGUCUAAUUGACAAAUUGUGUCUAGCUUAGGCGCUCGAGUCGUUUCUUAUCUAGUCAGCUUUGAUAGUGCGAAAACGUAUGAAACAUAAUUAUCGCGUAUGAUUAAAAGUAAUGAAAAGGGAAAUUUUCGUGUUACCCUAAGCAAGAAGAAUAAAAUUUCCAAUGCAGAAAAAUCUUUUACUAGUAUUUGCAUGAAGAUUUAGGUGAAAAAAAAACACUAAUUCACAAUGCAUUUAAUAUAAUAUCUUACACACGCUCACGCUCUCAUACACCCGAUUUAUCAAUAUAAGUAUAUAAACGAAGAAAAUAUAUAUAUAUAUUUGCAUAUAAAAGAGACUGAAUGAAUGCGAUGCUUUUAUACGACGACAUCGAUGGGCUGAAAGAAAAUGAAAAAGCCAUAACUUUCCCACAUAUGCGUUAUGCGCUUCUAAAUAAACUCUGUAUGCGUGCGUGCAAGUUGCUCAAGACUAAUUCGUAUCGCAGGGUUUUACAAGCUGUUAUAAAUUUAUAAGCUUGCGAAAUUUUCGAGUUGUCUUGGUGUACUUCAUCUUUCGUUGUAACGAGUGUAACAAGCCUUUCUUUCAACGCGUGAAUCGAAAAAGGCUCACUCGUUCUGGAAUACGUAUAUUUUAUUAAGUCGAAUAGAUGAUUAUUAUAGUUUUUUGUACAAAGAAAUGAUUUGUAUAUACUUGCGAUGUAAUAUAUUAUUUCAAUUUGUGUGAUUAAUCGUGGCUUGAACGAUUCACUUGUACUUCAUGAAUAUUUGCAGGCGAGAUUAAUGUAAUGCGUAUGAAUGGUAUAUUUUCGGUCCCGUAUUCAGUUGACAUAAUUAAAGGAAUGCGUAGUAGGUGUGUGUCUUCAGUGCUAGAAUAACUUCUAUAAGUAUCAAAAGAAUAAGGCUUACAGUGUAUUGUAUAAUAUGUGUUCAAUUUAACACGAGCGACUUGUUUGAAAAUGUUUAGGAAAAAAGUUAUAUAAAUAUUACGCUGGAGAUGUUCGGUGGAAACUACUAAUAGAACAAAUAGCUUAUACGCCUCGAUAUUAUAUAACAAACCCAGUAUUAAUAUAAAAGUAAAUAUUGAUGCGUGAAUGCUUCAAUUAAAUCGUGAUUGGGUAGAUAUAGCUUAUAUUUGGUACGGCAGUACAUUAUAUGUGUACGAGCAACGAUUCAAUUUUUAUAAAAGGUAUGAAAAUAAUCUAUUCACAGAUUUAUUAUAUUUAUUACAAUUAUGAGAAAUAUGGUUUUAAAUGAUAAUUGAAAAUUGGUUGCUUUUAUUAAGAUUUAUUGAAUAUUCAACUGUCUAUGACUGCAUUCACUGCCUUUUGUUAUGUCUCCGGAAAAAAUGAAUUAUAAAAAUAUUACUCUGGUUCAAUGAUAUAUUGUUAUACUGUAUCGGUUGUCACUGCACAUGAUCUGCCGUACGUUGUGAUGUUUAUAAAUGUUUAAAUUUUAAGACUGUAUAUAAUAUACGAUAA